AGAUGGAUCUUCUAUCUCGCCCAGCAACAGUAAACCUCACAUUUUCAAUACGGAAAAGGAUGAUUUCAAGGUACAUGUUUGGGAUGUCGAUCCGUUGUGGGAAAUCGAAAAUCGAGGAAUUCAACAAACAAGCGACAAAUUCGAGAUUGAUAGCGAUACAGAUGUUGGAGUGGAGCUCGA